UCUCCUCUAGAGAGUCCAGUGUGAGCAGACGAGACGACAGAGACUGACAACGGCGGACCACUCGCUCGGUCCCGAAUCAACAAAUCAAACCAACCCACCGGAACACCAAAUCAAAUCCCCCGCACGAGUUCCGAUUUCAAAUCCCCUCGACAGAGCUCACUUCGCUGCCGCGCCGGAUCGCCAUCGCCGGAGAUGGAGGCGGCGCGGGAGUCCAUGGCGGCGCUCCUCGACGCCGGCCUCUUCGGCUCCGCCCAGACGCUGGGGUGUUUCCUUGUAUCGUCGGCGGGUUCUAGCAACGAGGCUGGCAUGUCCAUGAAGGUGGAAAGCUUGGUCCUGCAUGGUGAUGCUUUGUAUGGAGAGAAAGAAUUUCGCAGGGCACUGAGUGCGUACAAGCAAGCUAUGCAAUAUAGUAGAAGUAUCCCUAGGCAAGCAACAAGUAACUCCAGAAGUUCUGUAUCCACCACAGGCCGUUCACCUUCACCAAAUUCUUUGAAUCUUUCAUCUUUCAAUGAAAAUGAGGUAAAAUUUAAGAUUGUUCUUUGCCAUUCCGCGCUGCGUGAGCACCGUGAAGCACUUCAAGAGAUGGAAGGGAUUCCUUCUAAAGUGAGAACACUGCAAAUGAAUCUGAUGUUAGGAAAGCUUUAUCGAAUAGCGAGAAAUAACCGUUCAGCUACUGUAUGUUAUAAAGAGUGCUUGAGGCAAUGUCCUUAUAUUUUCGAAGCUAUCACAGCUUUGGCGGAAAUUGGGCUUUCGUCAAAAGAGGUUUCUUUAUUAUUUUCACAAGCACCAAAUAGAGGCAAGCCGCCAGGUGAUUCUGCAGAUGCGCUACGUUGGUGGAAUCGGUAUGUUGAGGCGCAGUGUUGCAUUGCUUCCCAUGAUUAUAAAGGUGGCCUUGACAUAUAUCUAGAACUAAUGCAACGAUUCCCCAACAACGUGCAUAUCUUGCUGGAAAUUGCAAAGGUUGAAGCUAUCAUAGGCAGGAACGAUGAAGCAAUCAUGUACUUUGAGAAGGCUCGGUUAAUUGAUCCAAACAUCAUAACAUAUAUGGAUGAGUAUGCAAUUCUUCUAAAAUCAAAAUCUGACUACACUAAGCUAAGCAAGUUGGUACAUGAUAUGCUGCAUAUUGACCCUGCAAGACCAGAAACAUGUGUUGCUCUUGCAGCAAUGUGGGAAAGAAAAGAUGAAAGAAAAGCUUUGACAUAUGCUGAAAAGAGCCUACGAGUUGAUGAUAGGCAUAUAACCGGCUAUAUUAUGAAGGGCAAUCUGCAUCUUUCAUUGAAUCGACCAGAUUUGGCAGUAACAGACUUCAGGGGAGCUCAAGAAUUGAGAGCUGAUCUUCUUUCUUAUCAAGGUUUGGUGCGUGCUUAUCUAGCACUUUCUAAAUGCAAAGAAGCUUUAUUCACCGCACGCGAGGCAAUGAAGGUUAUGCAUCAGUCUGCAAAAGCUCUCAAGCUAGUUGGUGAUGUUCAUGCUAUCAGUUCCAGUGGGAGAGAGAAGGCAAGAAAGUUUUAUGAAUCUGCCAUUCGUCUUGAACCUGGAUUUCUCGGAGCAGCACUGGCCCUGGCUGAUCUGCAUGUCGCUGAAGGACGGAAUAAGGAGGCUGUUUUGCUACUUGAAAGAUAUCUACGGCAAUGGGCAGAUGAUUCUCUACACAUAAAAUUGGCUCAAGUAUUUGCGGCAACAAAUAUGCUUUCCGAUGCACUUUCGCAUUAUCAAUCUGCAUUAAGGAUAAACCCACAUAAUGAAGCUGCAAAGAAAGGAUUGGAGCGCCUGGAGAAGCAAAUGAAGGGAGUAGACCCAGACGCGCCUGAAGAGGAAGACGAAAAUGAGGCUGAUGACAUUGAUGCCGACCAAGAUGAUGCCGAGCUGCUAUAGAAAGUGAACUUGAUCACCGUAGCAACUGUCGAUUCCAAAGAGAGUGAUGUCUGGUGGCACCACAACUUCUUCCCCGCACCAUAUUGAUCAACAACAGAUAUGGCAACUGGAAGAUGUCGCAUCCGUCUGCCUCGUCUUACCUGGGUCGUCGCAGGCCUCAUGAGAGUUUGCUGGAAGCUGGCCAUUGUUGGUUUCGAGUUUUUGAUAGCCCUGUGUAGCAGUGGUGCAGCUAUGUACCAACGGUUUUGAUAGCCCUGUGUAGCAGUGUUACUUGUGUAACUGAGUAGCAGGUGUUCUAGCGUUGCUGUGCUCAGAGGCCAGGCGUUUUGGGGAAAACUCUGUCCGUGAGCUUGUAACAGUGCCACCAAAAAUGGCUGAACUUUGUAGACUCCGCAUGUGUUGUUUGCUAUUCCAUUCCAGUUUCGUAUA